UAAAACAUCUAACAAUGUGUUAAAUCAUGUUAGCAACUUGUUAUAUUAUGUUAGCAGUGUGUUAAAACAUGCUAGCAACAUGCUAAUUCAUGGUAGCAAUGUACUAAAACAUGCUAGCAAUAUGUUAAAUCAUGAUGAUAACCUGUUAAAUAAUGCUAAAAUGUUAUGAUGCAUUCACGUCACCGCGUAAUUAUCGUAAUCUUGAGAUGACAACAUGUGACGUUAUAUUUGUAGCUGUUCACGUCCUCUGACUGGGAAUUAUGCGUUUCUAUGGCACCACUAUCAAUGCCUAAAUGAAUCUACAGCGGUCAGGUGAUACAGCGGCCACGUGGGAGCUUUCAGAAAACUCCCAGCUUACAAACUGUAAUUACGAGCUCUAUGAGGACAUGAAUGCAUUUUUCGAGGCAGAAUCUCGUAGUUACAGUAAUUACGAUAUGGCGUGAACGCACCUUUAAUUCAUGUUAGGAACAUGUUAAAACAUGCUAGCAAAAUGUUAAAACAUGUUAACAUGCUAAUUAUGGUAACAACCUACUAACUUAUGUUAGCAACAUGUUAAAACUGCCUCUGCAGAAGAUCAACGUCUACUUCUACAUCAUUGCCCACCAAUUCAUGCAUGUCAUGUAGUAGUAAAUAUGAGACAGACGCAAACACAGGAUUACGAUAGAGACGCCUCUGAGGAUUACAGGAUGUUUUGAAGUGCCAAGUUGUGGAAAAACACAAUCUUUGCAUUGCCUUCCUAUAUAACAAGGUAUGAUUGUGAAACACAUACUGUAAUGCAAUUUAAUGACAAAAUAAGUUGAUCACACCAUGUCUUUUCAAAAUGACACAAUUACACACCUUAUUUUACACAAUAUUUACACUAAACAGGAAAAAAAAACCUCUUUUUGAAACUGACUGCAGGUAGCUAAAAUAUAUCGGCCUGCCACUACUAUUUAAAGAUUUGAAGAAAUAUAAAAUUGUAGUUAAAUUUGUACAGUAAAUUUGUGUAUGUAAAAAUGGUUUGCUGUAUGUAAAUGUAUCAGUAAUCUAUGGUCUUAUGAUCACUGUUAGAUAGCAUGACUCAUGCCAUGUGUUGUGGGAUGGAACAUGUAGAUGACAUUCUGAACCAUGAACGUGUAACUCAUACGCUGGCUGUGGUAUAUGUAUAAAUGACCUCACAUUGUAGAUUUGCUUCUUUCAAGUCAAAAUAUUAUUUGAAUGCAGAACACCCUUUAAACAGGAAAUUCUACUUUUUUUUUCUCUCUCUUUUUUUUCUUUUGCAAGAUUGAUGCCACUUCCUCAUUUAUUUGACUGCAGUGUGAAGUUAUCUAGACAAACACAGGCUUCAACUCAAGCCAUCUUGUAGAAACUUUUUAACUAAGUAUUUGAGAAUAAUGCACUCUAACAGAGUCAAUUCAUGCAGAACCAAGUACUUGCCAGCAAAACUGCAGUCUCAGCCGUCCUCCCCACAGUCUCGCUGUUCAUCUCCAUCAGUCUCCAGCAGCAAACUCAUGUCCCCGUCACAGAAACACAGCAAGAAGGCCCUCAAACAGGCACUGAAACAGCAGCAGCAGAGGAAUCAACGGCGGCAAUGUGGAAUCCCCAACGCCUCAAGCCCACGGCUGCUCCUUAAAACUGUCAAAGACAUGGCUCAUGACUCCUCCAAAUCCUCCUGGGAGCUGAAACAGACAGAGCGCUGCCCUGCCAGUCCACAGAACUCUACCUCCAGCUCGUCCUCCUCUGUCAAAGCAGAUGCGUGCCAUGCGACCGGUUCCCGAAAGGUGUCUCAGCGCUCCAGUCGGCUCAGUGCCAGACAGCUGAGGCGUACCAAGUGUGAGAUAGAUGUUGAGACACCAGAUUCCAUCCUUGUCAACACCAACUUGCGAGCGCUGAUCAACAAGCACACGUUCUCAAUGUUGCCUACAGAGUGUCAACAGAAGCUUCUUAAGAUGCUGCCAGAGGUUGACCAGCAGGCUAGUAUGGAUGGAGCAUUGAAGGUGACCAGCUCUGCCCUGAACAAUGAAUUCUUCACAUCAGCAGCCCAAUCUUGGAAGGAGAGGUUGUCAGAGGGUGAGUUUACCCCAGAGCUGAGACUGAGAAUGCGACAAGAAAUUGAGAAGGAAAAGAAGGUGGAACUUUGGAAAGAGCAUUUCUUUGAGAGCUACUAUGGUGAACACUCUGGACUGAGUAUAGAGGAAUCCAAAGAGCUGACAGAAGCCAGGGAUAUUCCUGAACCAGCUAAAAGCUCAGUCCAAUCAGAAAAGCCAGAGAUUGUCAAAGAGUCUCAGAAGAUAAACCCAGUGACAGAGGUCAUCCACAUGGAGUUGAGAUCCAGAGAUGUCAAAUCAACAAUAACACAUGCCUCACCUGAAGAGCCAGUCAAACCUCCUGCUUCAGAGCAAUCACAUUUAUCCUUGGACACGAGGAAGGAUACACAGGAAGAGUUGAUUCCAGAGUCCUCUGUUCAAAAAGCAGAGGAUCCCAAACCUGGCAGUGAGAAAGCACUGGAGAAUGAGAUCACAUGUAAGACCCCAGCAUCUUCUUUGGAAGAGGAAGUUACAUGUUUGAAAGGAAAGGAGACAAAGACCACUAAAGAGGAAAGUCCCGUGGGUAAGGCUGGACCAAUAACGGAGAGCAAUAAGCCUGGAUCUCCAAUAAUUGCUGUCACAUCUGAGCCUCUGAAGAGAAAAAUCUCUGCUGAACUGGAUACAGAGCUCAGAACAGAGAAGAAGCCCCGUGUCUCUUCAUCAGAAUUGCCAAUCACUGUGACAGCGAAAGAAAAAGUAGAACCGAGAGUACCUCCUCUCAAAAUUCCAGUGUCAAGAAUUGUCUCUGCCCCUGCCUCUUUUGAGCAGGUAUCUCCAAGGACUCCUGUUCCCUUGACACCCCCUAGCAUUCGGCCUGGUCGCACCGGUGCACGCACUCUAGCUGACAUCAAGGCAAAAGCCCAGUUAGCGCGUGCACAGCGUGCUGCUGCAGCAGCAGCCGGGUCAUCCUCCUCAAGAGGAACCAGCUCAGUUGGAGGUACCUCAACACCCUCUCCAGCUCGAUCCCUCUCAGAAGAUUUUUCACCAGCAAGCAGCAGAAGUCAAUCUGUGUCGCCUAUAAAGCUAAGCUCUGGAUCUCCAGCCCCUGAAGGCACAGUGACUCUCUCACAAACCUCUCCUUCCUCAGGUUUUACUGGACACACAGAAUCUGGUUUUGUACUAGACUUCAGUGCAAGCCAGGGUUUUUUAAAAGAAAAUCGCUCUUUGAUGGGGUCGCAAACCACUCAGUGCAUGCUAAACCCAACGGGCAAGGAUCAACAUAACCUCCUUAGUCCUGGAGGGACGCUAGCACCUUCCAGUCAGGCAGGAAGCGCAAUUGCACAAAACCAGAGACCACAGCAGACACCUUUUUCAGGAGCGUUAGUGACCAAGCCUAGCUCUUCAAUCCCAGCAAACAAUCCUCUGGUCACCCAGCUUCUUCAAGGUAAAGAGGUUCCAUUGGAAAAGAUCCUCCCAAAGCCACUAGCCAAAGUGGAGGUUCAGUCUAUGGCAAUUUCUGCCAGAGAUGAAGGUACCACCACUGAUGGGUUGAAAAAAGAUAACCCAACAAACCAAGAAGAUGUUAGCAAAUUUGGCAACCAAAUUCCUUUUGGCUCAUCUGUGAUGCAAGUCAGAAGUAUGGACAAGUUGGUCAAUGUUGGCACUCAGGACCAUAUUCUCCAUCCACUAAGGCACAAAUGUGAGCAGAAGCACACCAAUUCAAACUGUCAACCCUCUCAAUUUCAAUCCUGUCAGUUAGGUCACCUUGAGAGCAGCCUGGACCAGAGUGUCCAUCUAGGAAUCUUUGGACGGAAGAGAUUAUCUAAGCCAGCCAUGACAGGACACUACCUCCUCAAUGUCUCCACAUACGGUAGAGUAUCCGAGAGCAGCAAACGGCCGCACCUAGCUACUAAUACAAGCUCUGCCCUUGCCAACCUGAAGAAAGAGAAAACUGAAGCAGAGGAGAGUGUAAAAGAGAAGACAGAAUCACUUGCAGGGUCUCAUACCACCUCUCAAGGACACCUGAAUUUCCCAAAGGUCAAACUGGAACAGCAGGGAUGUUUCAUCAAUAAACCAGAUGAUGGUUUGGCAUCCCAAACCUGUUCUGAUAUAAAGUCUGAAUCUCCAUCACUGAGCUGUUUAUCCAGCCAAGAAGAAGGCAGCACUUCUACUAGAACCAAAGAAACAUGCUCAAGAAGCUCACAGCUUGAUAUGUGCAGCAGUAUACAGGGUAAAACAGAGCGAUAUCAGUUAAGUGACUGCCACCAACGCACGUUUUUGUCUCAGAAAGCCCAUAAUGGACCUCAGUAUGGUGGCACUAUCAGCAUGUCUGUCCCUCAUGCACUGAACCACAGCAUGGCUGACACUCCAACUUCUCCCACUGUGUCCUGCAGUGGUGAUGGUGAAACAGCUGGUGGAGGGAUGAUGUCUUUUUCCGUCACCGUCACUGCCAUACCUGCAGGUCACCUACUGGAUCAGAGCAGUCAGGGUGAGACCUCACCUGAGCAAGCCUACAUAGAAACCUCUGGGAUGGAGGAUGUCCAAUCAAAGUGCUACUGUCGGCUGAAGGCCAUGAUUAUGUGCAAGGGAUGUGGCGCUUUCUGUCAUGAUGAUUGCAUUGGUCCAUCCAAACUAUGUGUCUCAUGUUUGGUGGUACGAUAAUGACUGCGACUCGUUCAUUCAUUCAAAAAAAGCAAUCACUGCAGUAAGGGUAACAGAAAUGUUACAACAGUGACGCUCUUGCUGUGGUAACCUAUUCAUCUAUCCAUUGUCAUUUGAGACGGGCUGUUGUGCUGUUAUUCUUUGGCGGAAAUUCACUAAGAAUGAAUUGCACCUGCUAAUAGUGCUGCUUAUUUGCACGUACAUUCUGCUUUAUUUUAGCAGCCGAUUCAGGAAAGGAAUUAUGCAAAUCAGGUAAUGAUGUAAACAAGGCCAGCUACAAGUUCUGUUCUUGUAAAGGGGGCUUUCGCACCGGAGGAACCUUCCUUUCAUAGUUCCUAGAACUAUUGGCAGUAGUACCUGGAUUUUGCCGUGUUCGCACCGCAGGAACUAGGAACAAUUUUAGUUCUAGGAACUCCUUUAUUAGCUCCUACUUCAGCGUAGGGUCUAAACCAGCACUAUAAGAACUACCAGUGAUGUCAUGACAUGUCAAACACCAGCACCCAGCAUUUUUAAAAAGCUGUGUAAACAUAAUUACUUCAGGAACAUGGAAAACAGCGAUAACGACAUUUACCUGUUGUCUGCAGUGCUGUGUUCUUUUCUCCGCCUCAAUGAUAUGUAAUACUACAAGUUGUUAUAGGAGAUUUCGGGCCCUAUUUUAACGAUCUAAGCACAUGGCGCAGGUGCACUUAGGGCAUGUCCGAAUCCACUUUUGCUAGUUUAACAAUGGAAAAAUUUGUUUGGUUGGCGCAUGGUCCAAAAGGAUUGUACCUAGUCUCUUAAUGAGUCAUGGGUGUGUUUUGGGCGUAACAUGCAAUAAACCAAUCAGAGUGUCAUCUCCCAUUCCCUUUAAAAGCUAGUUGCGCUUGCACCAUGGCGGAUUGUUAUUUACAUGAUGGAAUAUAGACACCCUCAACCUGACGAGUCAGUUUAAAAACAUGUGUGUAUUGUCACAUUGAUCAAAUAUUUAGCCAAUUUCAUUCAUCAUUACUGCAAAUAGUUAAUUCUGAUACAUGCAAUGACUAUCCAUUAUGACAUGUAGACAUUUUUAUCUUUAUGUACACAAUAAUUUUUACAUUGUAAUCCUUUUAUUUUUAAUAUUUGGCAUGUUGGGCAUGUUUGUGUGCUGCUGCAAGAAGUGUGUGUAACAAGAAGAGUGUAUGUGCGUUGUGCACCCGCCUAUGGGCGCAUAUUACUAACGCGCCCUUUAAAUAACAAAAAAACACUGAGCCAUCAGGUUUUUGUUGGUCAAUGGCGCAGUCAUUUUCAGUUGCCUCAAAAUAGCAUCACGCCAACAAUGCGCCUGAACACACCUCGUUUUCAGACCUGCACGCCCAUGGGCGAACAGAUGGGCGCGAGUGCAUUUUCAAUUUAAACAACGUGGGCGCUUGACAUGAAAAUGAUAACUGCGUCGGGCUGAAACUAGCAAAAAACACUUGCGUCGCGCCUGGCGUCGCAUUGUGCAGGGUGUCUGAUAGGGCCCUGAGUCUCUCUGCCCUACUUUUUGCUCUUUCAGUCACAUAAAUUAUGCGUUUACAUUCCAUCUCCGUUAUCACGAAACCUACGACACACGACAAACGCAGCUUCUAUCACUGCGUCCUUCUUCCACCAGUUUUUAAUGUUUGUAAAUACCGCGCUUAAUGACGUCGCUGUCAGCCGCUUCAGAGUUCCUACUGCCGGUGCGAAUGCAAGCAGAAAUAUGGCCCGGGGUGGGGGGUGGGGGUGGAUUAGUUCUCUGGGAACUAUCCUAGUGGCUAGUUCAGAAAACUAUUCAGUGCGAAAGCCCCUUAAGUCAGUUCUGAGUGCUUAGUUGUGGAAAAUACAGCAGACUACCGUGAUAUAGCAAGCUUUACUGGCACUGUACAGUAUGGCUGCUCUACAGCAAUCCAGACACCUGAAUCCGCUCUUUAAAGUGCCGAAAAUGCACUUGACUACACUGUAUGUCUGGAUAUGUGCCAUCAUGCUUUUGUCUAUCAUUUGCAGUUUCAGUGCUUUAAGCGCCUGGUUAAACUGGAUUGCGGGUGGCUGCUAGUGAAAAAGAUGCAGGUUUUUCCGCUGCAAAAGUGAAUUUGCUAGGGCUGGGACAAUAGAUCGGUUCAUCUCGAUUUGUGGAUUGAUUCCGAGAUUUUUCCGAAUGUAUCGCGAUUCUCUCUCAAAUUGAUUCUGAGCUUAGUUUUUAACAGCAGAUGGCACUCUAGGCUAGUUUUUAACCGUACACUCAAAUGCUCACGAAGAAGAGCGCUCGUGCUCGUGCGAGUCUGAGAAUGUAUUUGCACCUCAGAAUGCUUUUAUGACGCGAGAUUAAUGUAAAAAGCCCACUGUAAACACCCUUGUAAUUCGCUUCAACCUUUUCAAACUUUAUGAAUGAUUAUUUUAUAGAAGGUUCAAGUGAUGUGUGUAAGGAAUUGGAAGCAAGCAGAGUACGGCUGUUUCUAAAGCGUGCAGUGUCAUCUGCUGUUAAAAACUAAGCUCAGAAUCGAUUCAAGACAGAAUCGCGAUGCAUUCGGAAAAUCACAGAAUUGAUCCAGAAUCAUUUCUCAAUUACGAUGCAUCGAUUUAUUGUCCUAGCCCUGGAAUUUGCCCCAUUGUUUGUCUUUACAGCACAAACACAAUUAGCAUAGUAGAAUAUGAGGUAUGUAAAAUGUGCAAUGCCGAGUAAUACUUCCUCUCAUUCGUUGAGCACCUUGCUUUAGACUCAAGACUAAUAGUGGCAAUAUUUAAGGCUUGUUUCUUUUCUUUAAUAUUUUUGUAACAAUUCUAGAAAUGGAAAUCAAUAUACUACUAUUUUUGCAGAUGUUAAAAAUCACGAUUCCCUCCCCCCCAUCCUCUCACCCCUCAGAUUUUGGAUCUUUUACAUAUAAUUCACAUUAGUUUGCUGGAUUAGAAACGUAUAACAUCAAUAUUUAGGCUUUGCUUAUCCUGCAAAACUAUUUGUUGGUUGGUUUUAGCCUUUGUGACUCAAGCAAAGAACCACACAACUGAAAUAACAAUUACUUUGCAGAAUUACUGUGAAUAUGUAAACCUAAUAUAUUAACCUGCCUUGUUACUAGGUUUAUAUGGUACUGUUAAAAGUUAUUUAUGGGAUAGAAGGGAGUUUUGUCAAAUACGUUAACAGGCUAGCACUUCUCUUGCAUUGGUGGAUUUUACUUAAGAGAACAGUGCAAGAACAGGUUUAUACUGAUAAUGGCAAUAAUUUGUACAUUUACAAUAUUUAUAAAAUAAAGAGCAUUAGCCCCUUACAUAAUUUUCUUCAGAAAAAAAAAAAAAGGAUUUAUUAGGGUUGCACUUUUUUAUGUUCAGAAAAUGACUUUACCUUUGCUAUACCUUCAAAAAUGACUUGUAAGAAUGAAUAGAAUUAAAGCACUUCUUAAUCAAAUAAUCUAUUAUACCCUCUCAGGAGAAAAAAAAAACAAAAAAAAAAACAGGUCUUAAUCAUUUCAAUAACCUGUGUCUAAUCAUUUGAGUUGUUUACGUCACACGAAUGACAUUGCCUCUAAUUGGAAUAGUAGAUAUUCCCAGUAACCUUAGGUUUUAGGGAUAAUGUAGAGUAUCCACAGGAAAACUAUACGAGCAAUGAAGUUAAACACUCAGAAGGGAGAUUAUAUGAAGAUGUUUGUUUUGUUUUAUAUUGUAAAUACUGACUUUCUUUGAGAUGUACAAACAUUUUCUACAAAGCAUUCUUGAAUCUUGCCUACACAUAUCCGAUUGUCUGAUUGGGUUUUUGUUUGAGAAAUAUUGUCCGACACAAAUCAUAAUUUCAAUCAUAUUGCAACAUUAAAUGCUGUGGCUCAAUUUCUGUCCUGAAACAAUUCUGCUAAACAUAAAUUUUGAUACCAACAGUUCUAUGUAUGUUUAAAAAAAUGUCUUGUUGCAUCUUUGAAUUAGUCUUUUUUUUUUUUUUUUUUAUAAAUCGUCUGCCUUCCAGGCAAUAGAAGAGUAAAAGAAUUUUAGAUAAGAUUUGCUUGGUAAUAUACCAAAGUCAAUUUAUGGUAACUAGAUAAUCAGUUUUUGUUUUUAAUGUCUGUCUAGUUAAGCAAAGUAAUAUAUUUUAAGUAAUAUAUUUUAAUAAAAAGAAGUCUAUUUACAAAUCAUUUUACAAAACAUUUAAGAAACAGGGUAUUUACUAUAUCUUUAUAUUGGCUGUCCCAUUUUGGUAUACCUUUGUCUGAGGAGGUGUACAGACUUUUUACACAUUUUUUUUGUACCAGGGCCCUUGUGAUAGUCUGAUCCCUUGUGUGGCUAGUUUUGCCUGCAAUUAAUUGAUGUUCCCUCAUAGUGGAUUUUUAAUUGACUAAUAAUAUCUGUGACACUUACAGCUCACUUUGUUGAAGUCUAGCUUAUUACAGAGAAAGAAAAAAAAAAUCCAUCAGGUUAUACUGUAGUGUUUGUGUUGUAUGAAUAACAUUUUACUAGCUUGGUGGUUGGGUUGUGCUGAAUGUCUUUGGGUGUGAGAUUGUUUUUCAGGCUUUCAAUUUGUCAGUGGGUAAACUAUCGCUUUCAUUUACAUGUACUAUACAUAUGCAGCAUUUAAACAUACAAGAGACUCAUAGAAUAUAACUGUGAUACCUCCGUUAUACUUUAUAUCAGGCCUUAGAACUGAUUUGAAUUUUAAAAACUGAUAUUUGGGUUCUUGAAAAUGUUUUAAUUUGUCAGAGCUGUAAACGAGCAGUUGUUGUUUAUUUACUGCUUUCAUUUCCUUUGAUAGAGUUGCAACGCAUGACUUGCCACCAUCUCUGUCCUCAACCUUAUAUGCCUGUGACAUUUUACAAAACACUUGGAUUUUUAAUUAACGAGUCUGCGGAACCCUGAAAUGAUACGACUCUUAGUGCAGGAGGUGUUGGUAUUCCAGAACUUAGAGUGGCUUCCACAAUGUGUGUUAUGUGUGUUAUGUUUUAAGUCAAAUAUUUUAUGUAAAAUAAAGGUGAAUGUAAUAUAGUAAUUGUAAUCAGCACUUGUAAAGCAAAGUGUAUUUUAUCAAGAAACAAUAUGAAUAAAAUGCAGUAAAACAAA